AUGGCGGCUAGAGGAUGGCCCACUAUCCUCCGGACGUGGGUGAAGUCCUUCAUGGUGGGUAGAACCACACAGCUUCGGCUAGGCGAGUACAUAGGGCACAGAUUCGAGUGCUCAGGCGGACUCCCCCAAGGAUCUCCAGUUUCACAGCUACUCUGGCUAUGCUACAGCAGCACACUCAUCGAGCCGGCAGACAUGCCGGGCAACGCCAUGUCCAUUAGCUGGGUAGACGAUCGGACCGUCUGCGUAGCCGGCGCCACAGACAAUGAGCUCACGGGGGGCCUUGCAGAGAGUAGCAAACCAGGCAGAGGACUGGAGCCGUAG